AUGCCCCGUGUCGAAGCCGCCCCUCCGAAGCGCCAGACGGCCGUCGAACGCCUUGAACUUGAGCAGACCAUGAAGUACGAAUCGAUCCGACAGGCGAACGAUCUGGCGGCGCGGCUGAAGACGAUCAAGGACGAGGGAUGCGCCCCGUCGCUGGCUAUACAGAGGGACAAACUGUGGCCAUUCCUCCACGCCCGUCACCCCGAGGGAUUCCGCGAUGCGAAGAUUGCCCUCUGCAAUUUCCACGACAACGAGAUGGCGCGGGAUCUGUGUGAUGCGGAAUGCAGGAGGGUUACCGUACUCGAGAACUCCAUUCAUCUCGCCCAGCAGGCUAAGGUGUCGCGUUUUUCUAAUUUUUGGGGC